UCCGGGCGCCGCUGAGCUCGAUGGAAUUAGCCCCGCGGCGGAAUAAACCGGUGCAGACGCCGGCGCCGCCGCGGGCCAGUCCGGGUUUCGCGUCCGGUGUGUCCGCACCAUGGCCGCCCCCGGGCUGCGCGAUAUCCCCCUGCUCCCUGGCUCCCCACGCCGGCUGAGCCCUCGGGCAGUGGCCAGAGGGGGCCAGGGCCCCAAACGUGGCCAGCAAUACCUCAAGGUUCCCGGUUCCCAAGCCCCGGGUCCGCAGGGCAGUUCUGACCAUGACCGAGAUUCUGGCCCGCCCUCCGGUGGAGGGAGCUCCUGUGGCAGCUUGGUCAUCAAUAACUACCUGGAUGCCAACGAGCCAGUGUCCUCAGAGGCCCGUCUGAGCCGCAUGCACUUCCAUGACAACCAGAGGAAGGUCGACUAUGUGCUCGCCUACCAUUACCGGAAACGUGGGGUGCACCCUGGCCAUGGCUCCCCUGGCCCCUCGCUGGCGAUUGUCUCCAAUGGGGAGACAGGCAAGGAACCUCGUGCUGGUGGCCACGGUGACAUUGAACUGGGGCCACUUGAUGCCCUGGAGGAGGAGAGGAAGGAACAGCGGGAGGAGUUUGAGCACAACCUGAUGGAGGCAGGGCUCGAGCUCGAGAAGGAUGUGGAGAGUAAAAGCCAGGGAUCCAUCUUUGUCCGGAUACACGCCCCGUGGCAGGUGCUGGCCAGAGAGGCAGAGUUCUUGAAGAUCAAAGUCCCCACCAAGAAAAUGUAUGAGAUCAAAUCAGAAGGCAGCAUCGCGAAGAAGUUCAACGAGCUUCUGCAGAAGCUGAGCUCACCCCUGAAACCUAGAGUUCCAGAGCACAGUAACAACAAGAUGAAAAAUCUCUCCUACCCAUUCUCCAGGGAGAAAAUGUAUCUGUACAACAUCCAGGACAAGGACACCUUCUUUGAUAAUGCCACCCGUAGCCGCAUUGUGCAUGAGAUCCUGAAGCGCACAGCCUGUUCUCGGGCUAACAACACAAUGGGCAUUAACUCUCUGAUCGCCAACAACAUCUAUGAGGCUGCCUACCCUCUUCAUGACGGUGAAUAUGACAGCCCAGGGGAUGACACGAAUGACAGAAAGCUGCUGUAUCAAGAAUGGGCACGCUACGGAGUGUUUUAUAAAUUUCAACCUAUUGACCUCAUCAGAAAGUAUUUUGGAGAAAAAAUUGGACUGUAUUUUGCCUGGCUGGGAUUAUAUACAUCAUUCCUCAUCCCAUCUUCUGUAAUCGGGGUGAUCGUGUUUCUUUAUGGAUGUGCAACAAUCGAAGAAGAUAUUCCCAGCAAAGAGAUGUGUGACCAGCAGAAUGCCUUCACCAUGUGUCCCCUGUGUGACAAGUCCUGUGAUUACUGGAACCUCAGCUCAGCCUGUGGUACAGCAAAGGCGAGCCACCUAUUUGACAACCCUGCCACCGUCUUCUUCUCCAUCUUCAUGGCUCUGUGGGCUACCAUGUUUCUUGAAAACUGGAAGAGAUUGCAGAUGCGACUGGGCUACUUCUGGGACCUGACUGGGAUAGAAGAGGAAGAAGAACACUCCCGGCCUGAGUAUGAAACCAAAGUUCGAGAGAAAAUGUUAAAGGCAAGUGGCAAGUCGGUGGUCCAGAAAUUGGGCACCAAUAUGGCUGAGGAUGAAGAUGAGGAUGAUGAAGAUAAGCUGACCUGGAAAGAUCGUUUCCCAGGUUACUUGAUGAACUUCGCCUCCAUCUUGUUCAUGAUUGCCCUGACAUUUUCCAUCGUCUUUGGGGUCAUCGUGUAUCGCAUAACAACUGCAGCAGCCCUGUCUCUCAACAAGGCUACACGCUCCAACGUCCGGGUGACAGUGACAGCCACAGCAGUCAUCAUCAACCUCGUGGUCAUCCUCAUCCUGGACGAGAUCUAUGGUGCUGUGGCCACAUGGCUCACCAAAAUCGAGGUUCCAAAAACAGAACAGACUUUUGAAGAGCGCCUGAUACUCAAAGCUUUCUUGCUAAAGUUUGUCAAUGCCUACUCGCCUAUCUUCUAUGUGGCCUUUUUCAAGGGGCGGUUCGUGGGCAGACCUGGAAGCUACGUUUAUGUAUUUGAUGGCUACCGCAUGGAAGAGUGUGCUCCGGGAGGCUGCCUCAUGGAGCUCUGCAUUCAGCUCAGCAUCAUCAUGUUGGGGAAGCAGCUGAUCCAGAAUAACAUCUUUGAGAUCGGAGUCCCGAAACUAAAGAAACUAUUUCGGAAGCUGAAAGAUGAGACAGAACCUGGAGAAACUGACUCUGCCCACUCAAAGCAUCCAGAGCAGUGGGACCUAGACUACAGCUUGGAGCCAUACACUGGACUGACUCCAGAGUACAUGGAGAUGAUCAUCCAGUUUGGCUUUGUCACCCUCUUUGUGGCCUCCUUCCCUCUGGCACCUGUGUUUGCCCUCCUCAACAAUGUCAUUGAAGUGCGGCUUGAUGCAAAGAAGUUUGUGACUGAGCUGAGACGGCCAGAUGCCGUGAGAACCAAAGAUAUUGGGAUUUGGUUUGACAUUCUCUCCGGGAUCGGCAAGUUCUCUGUUAUCAGCAACGCUUUUGUCAUUGCCAUCACCUCUGACUUCAUCCCCCGUCUCGUGUACCAGUAUGCCUAUAGUCACAACGGGACCCUGCACGGCUUUGUCAACCACACCCUCUCCUUUUUCAACGUCAGCCAGCUGAAGGAGGGAACGCAACCAGAAAACUCACAGUUUGACCAGGAAGUUCAGUUCUGCAGGUUUAAGGAUUACCGAGAGCCGCCGUGGGCCCCAAACCCGUAUGAGUUUUCCAAACAGUACUGGUCCAUUCUGUCUGCCCGUCUGGCUUUUGUCAUAAUCUUCCAGAACCUCGUGAUGUUCCUGAGUGUCCUCGUGGAUUGGAUGAUCCCAGAUAUCCCCACGGACAUCAGCGACCAGAUCAAGAAAGAAAAGGGCCUGUUGGUGGACUUCUUCCUGAAGGAGGAGCACGAGAAACUCAAGCUGACGGAUGAGCCAGCCCCAAGGAGCCUGGGAGGGGGGCGUCGGAGCAGGAGCCGGGCGGCCAGCUCGGCACCCUCGGGCCGAAGCCAGCCAGGCAGCAUCGCGUCUUCUGCCUCACAGCACACCAACGUGUGAGCGAGUCGACCCCACCGCGGGGGCUGCCACAGUGGCAGGGGACCUCACGGAGCAUGCCUGUGCACCUGCAUGGGAGGGCUGGCUGGCGUCUGCCAGGGCCCGGCCUCAGGGGGGGGUCUUUGCAAAGGUGCAUUUGUGCAAAGAAAGAGGGGUUAGAGCGAGCGAGCGAGCAAGCACAAGCAGGAAGAGAACUGGAGCUGCUUCUCAGAAACUUCAAGCUUAAGUUCCUUUUAGGUCCUCUUUGUAUCCUUUUGGGGGAUCAGCACCCCAUUUUGAGUCACCCGGUGCAAGAACUGGGUAUCUCUACCCCAGAGCUCCCAGGCGCCAUGCACCUUUCUUGCAUUUCCUCAGGUGUCCCCUCUCACGUGGUCACAGUCUGUGAGAGGAGCAAGCCCCCCUCCUGAGCGAUCCCUCUCCCCUUCCCACCAGCUCCCCAAGCAGACCCCUCUGAGUCGCUUGCAGCUGGGACUGUCACAGCCUCAGUGGGUACAAAUUAAGUCACAGGGCUGAUGGCUGUGGCCACAGGACUUGAUGGUGAGUGGCAGAGGUCCCAACCUGAGCUUGUCUCCAUGUCAUGGGGAUGCUUUGAGCUGGUGAACUAACCAUCACUUUAUGCAGGUUCAGAUUUAAAGUAAUAAAAUAAAUCAAAACAUUCUUUAUAAAGAUGCGUCUCCUUGUCUGUGGCUCUCUCUCUUUCUGUCACUUCAUACCAAUAUUUAUUGAGGACCAACUGCUUCCCAGAUGGUCUCUGAGAUGAGAGAUAAGCAGAGUAGAAGAGAUAAAAUGUCUGACUCAUGGAGCUCACUUUCUGGGGAGAGACAGGAUUUUAGCUAGUAAUAAGGGCUCUGGAGAAAUACAAGGGAUAAAGGAGGCAGGAAAUGUGAAAGCUGGAGAGGUAAGGGGCUUACCAUUUUAUAUACAAAUCAGUGACAGACCCGAGAUGGUUCUGAGGUUACAUCUUUCCUCCCAGAGCUGGGGGGCCAGAUUUUCAAGUAGAGUUGGAAGCAAAGGCCAAACACCAUUCAUCACUGUCCUUUGCACACUUCAGCCCCACACACUGUCCAGAAACCUGUUGCACAGUCCUCUUCCUCGGGACCCGGCCCCAGUUCCUCCCAGGUCAUUCUCAGUGUCUGCAUAGAAGCUUUGAGGAGGGCCACACUCCAGAGAAGACAUGAGUGUUCUCAUGUUUCAGCACACCUGGUAAUUCGAGGGCCUGGGGUGCCGGGCUGGUCAUCCUUGCCGCUCCCCAUGGCUUCUGUGUCCUCCUGGCCACGUGCAGGAUCGCACUGCCCUGCCAACUCUUGCUCUGGAAAGUAGCUCCUUCUUUCAUGGGGACUCCAGGGCAUAGAUACAGCUUUAGAAGGAGCAGCAGACAAUCCUGUCCCACGCCGCUCACAUACCAGUAGUCCUACAAUAAAUUUUAACCACUUCACGCUUUAUUGUUCAAACUUACCAUGUUAGCCUAGAUUCAAACUACAGUAUUACCAAAACACUGCAUCAUCUUACAACAGGCUUCAGCUAACUCAGCGGGGAGGGAAGUGGCCAAUAAGAGAAAAAUUUCACUUCAGGGGCACUAAUGACAGGGAGAUUCCAGGCCCAUAAAAAGGAGGAGGAUGUCCCCAGGACUCCUAUGGGUGUGGGUGGGGUUGGUAUUUCCUACAAGCAGUGAUGGUCCAUUCUGAUGGUCAGGGGCCACCUCCAGCACCAAGACACCCACAUUGGACGGACUGUGGCUGGCUCAGGACCCCACCUCUUUUCCUUUUUUCAAGUACACACUUUUGUGUGAUCAGAGAGGUGGAACUUGCACACCAAGAGUCAGAUGAUCUAAAAAACAAGGGGCACCUGGGUGGCUCAGUAGGUUAAGCAUCCAACUCUUGAUUUUGGCUCAGGUGAUGAUCCCAGGAUUGUGGGAUCAAGCCUCGAAUUGGGCUCCACACUGGGCAUAGAGCCUGCUUAGGAUUCUCUCUCUCUCUCUCUCUCUCUGUCUGUCUCUGUCUCUCUCUCUCUCUCUCUCCCCCUGCUUCUCUGCCAUGCACACUCUCUCUCCCCUGUUCUCAAACACACACACACACACACACACACACACACAAAAAGAAGAAGAAAAUGAAAUCACUCACAGUCCUCAAAUUUGUAAUCAACAUCAACAAUUGCUGUGUUUCCUUCCAGACUGUCAUUCCCUCUCAAGCGCAUCUGUAUUUUUGGUUGCAAAUAUGCAGUAUAUGCUAUCUUGCUUUCUUCUUCUGCUUCAUGUAGUUAUCA